CACGGGAGAGACCGCCCGCCGCCCGUGUGGACAACUUUUUACGUCGCUCACGACUGGACAUAAAAGAUACAACACAACAUGCUUCUGAAGAGAGGCCGUGCUCAUCAUGAGUACGCCGAUACAUCGUGGGACAUCCGACUCUCCGUGGGAUGAAAGCGUUAAAUCUUGCGUAGCUCAAACUUUAUUUACCUAGAAUAAUGUAUAGGGAUCCAGCGAUGGUUCAGUCGGAUUUUCAACUUUUUUUACAUUUUAAGUAACAUUAUCAUUAGGCUGUUUUACAUUCCCAAGUCGGUGUUCACACGGUACCGCGAACAAGAAUCGGGGCCCAUAUUCAGAUGUAUUUAAAAACCGAAUAUCUGCUUUGACCUUGCAAGCGGAGCCUAAAGCCAUAGGCGCCAAACGAGUGCACCCGGCCCCUACCCUUCCUUCACGAUUUAACCGCCGCUGGUUGAGUAAUUUCGCCUUUAGGUAGGACUUUAGGUAUAUAAGGACUUGAAACCUGACUGGGAGGAUAAAAAACCUGAUAUUUAUUGUAAUAAUUUGAGUUCAACGCGUUGCGUGAUGCGUGCUGUUUUGACGAAAGUUUUAACUGCAGCAUCGAACCUCUUGAAUUUUCCCGCAAUGAGGAUUUUUAUACUCCUGAUCAGGCCACCACCACCACCACCAGGAUACCAUGAGUUUGAAGGUGGAUUUUUUCGCAGGAGAGACGCUGAAUGGCCAGCGUCUGAUCGAGUUCCGGCUGGGCCAGGAGGCGGAGUCGGAGAUGUCUGUGGCCGGAGCGGAGCUGAUGGUGCGGGCUGAGGCCAGCCCCCGCGCGCGCCGCCUCCGCUAUACGCUGUGGGCCUUCACGGUCCGCGGGAACUCCAGCGUCGGGGAGCUUGCCGGCGCCACCGUGGCCGGCGGAGGUCGCAACGGCGGUCGCGGCUGGCAGCGGCUGGACGUGACGGACGCGGCGCGGCGCUGGGCGGCAAACGGCGCGCACGGCCCGCUGCGGCUGCUGGUCGACUGCAGCGGCUGCGGCGGGCGCGUUCGGCUGCGGCUCGGCGGCGGCGCUGCGGCGCGCCCGCUGCUGCGGCUUCGCGUGCGCCCGCGCCGAGCCCGCUCGCGCCGCGCGCUAGACUGCGACGCGGCAGCAUCGGGCAGCUGCUGCCGGCAGACCUACUACGUGAGCUUCCGCGCGCUCGGCUGGGACAGCUGGAUCGUGGCGCCCGAGGGCUACUACGCCAACUACUGCCGCGGCGCCUGCGACCCCCUAAACAGCUAUCAUUCGCAGAUCGUGGAGGCGGCGGCGCUCGGGCGCAGCACGUGCUGCGCGCCCGUGCGCUUCUCCGCGCUGUCGCUCAUCUACUUCGGCGACGACGCCAACAUCAUCAAGCGCGACCUGCCCGAGAUGGUGGUCGAGGAGUGUGACUGCCCGUGAUGUACAUAACCCCCGACCUCCCGCUUACGCCAGAUUUAUCCAUUUAUAUUUGUUCCGCGAAAGACUAUAUCCUAGCCUCCGCGUGUGUUUGGACGUUCGCCCGCUGCGGCGUCGCCUGCCGCGCUGCAUCGCGCCG